UAUUAUCCAGUAGAUGUCGCAAUGCGUUCUCUAGUAAAUGUGCACGCUUUUCGGUCGUUCAGUUUGAACAGAAUCAGAAUUCUGCUAAAUCCAGUGGCCAUUUAUCCUCUGAUUAAUUGCAUCUCACCAUUCAGUGCUCAAUCAACUAUUACGAAUAUGUCUUAUACAACGGUGGAACGUGGUGCACCCAAUACCACAGAUUUCAGAAUAUAUUUCAAAAAUGAUGAUAGCAUUAUUUCUCCAAUGCACGAUAUUCCUCUUUUCGCUGAUGAACCCAAUAAAGUAUUCCACAUGGUUGUGGAAGUACCACGAUGGACCAAUGCAAAAAUGGAAAUCAAUUUAAAAGAAACUCUUAAUCCCAUUAAGCAGGACAUCAAAAACGGGAAAUUGCGUUUUGUCGCUAAUUGUUUUCCCCAUCACGGAUACAUUUGGAAUUAUGGAGCUCUUCCUCAGACUUGGGAGAAUCCUGAAGUUUUAGAUGAAGCCACAGGUUUUAAAGGUGAUAAUGAUCCAAUCGAUGUCCUCGAAAUCGGUUACAGGGUUGCAAAACGAGGAGAGGUGCUUAAGGUGAAAGUCCUAGGGACUGUUGCUCUGAUUGAUGAAGGUAACUAUUCCCAAACACAUAUAUUAUUGGUAGAUCAAGUUUAUGUGUCCUAA